AUGCCACAGGUAGCACAGUACAAGAUCGCGCUGUGCCAGCUGCCUGUCACCGCGGACAAGCACGGCAACAUCGCCCGCGCGCGCGCCCGCAUCGACGCCGCCGCGGCCGCCGGCGCCAAGCUCGUCGUCCUGCCGGAAAUAUGGAACUGCCCCUACGCGAUGGAGACCAUGCCGAGCUACGCCGAGGACAUCGACGGCGGCCGGUCGCCGUCGGUCUCGAUGCUGUCGGAGGUGGCCGCUGCCAGGAAGAUCACCAUCGUCGGCGGAUCCGUGCCCGAGAUGGCGUCGGGGCAGCUGUUCAACACCUGCUGCGUGGUCGGUCCCGACGGAGAGAUCAAGGCCAAGCACAGGAAGCUGCAUCUGUUUGGAAUUGACAUCCCCGGAGACAUCACUUUCAGGGAAUCCGAUACCUUCACUGCUGGGCAAGAACCCACCGUGGUUGACACAGAUGUUGGACGGAUUGGUAUUGGGAUUUGUCAUGAUAUCCGGUUCCCAGAACUGGCAAUGCUGUAUCGAUCAAGAGGUGCACACUUGAUAUGCUACCCUUCUGCAUUUAACAUGAGCACCGGGCAGCUCCUCUGGGACCUUAUGCAGAAGUCCAGGGCUGUUGACAAUCAGCUGUUCGUGGCGACCUGCUCACCUGCGCGAGACCCCAACUCGCCGUCGGAAUUCGUGGUCUGGGGCAACUCAAGCCUCAUCGCACCAUUUGGCGAGGUUCUUGCGGCGGCAGGGCACGAGGACGCGACCGUCAUCGGCGAGAUCGACCUGUCUUUGGUUGAAGCUGUAAGGGCGAACCUCCCUUUGGAAACGCAGGGUAGAGGGGAUCUGUACAGGCUGAUCGAUGUCCAGAGGGAACGUUCGAGCUAG